AUGGCAGGCAUAUUCAAUAUGGAUGGAUAUUCCGAUGAUCCAAUAUCCGAACUUACAACUCAACUAGACUCCUCCACAUUAUCCGUAUCACCCAGAACAUCUAUAGGAACCAUCAACAGCACCACCAGUAAUAACAAUAUAAACUACCGACUUCUUCCAGAUAUAAUCGAACCCCAGGCAGAAGACGAACAUGACGAUGGUGACAUUCACACCCCGAUGGACUAUUUCCCUAGUGGUGGAAUACCCAUGCAACUGAAUCAACGUCACCGAAGGAAAUCAUCAAUCGCCAGUUCUUAUGAAGUGAAGAUCAGUUCUCCAUAUGCAUAUAGUAAUCAUCCUAAUGGGAUUGAUAUAUAUAAACCAAAACUAUCCGAUUUCGAACCGAUAAAAGUCUUAGGACAAGGAUCGUAUGGGAAAGUCUUGCUAGUUAGGGAGAAAUCUACCGGGAGAUUAUUUGCUCAAAAACAAUUAAAAAAAGUUUCAUUAAUCAUAAAUGAAUCCAACACGAUUCAUGAAAAAAAUUAUACUCGAACCUUGAAUGAAAAAGAAAUCUUAUCAAAAGUUAACCAUACAAAUAUUGUGAAAUUAUAUUAUACAUUCCAAGAUAAUGAUAAAGUAUAUCUUAUAUUAGAAUAUUUACAAGGAGGAGAAUUAUUUCAUCAUUUAGAACUUGAAAAAUUCAUGACUGAAAAAAAUGCCGCCUUUUAUAUUGCCCAAAUUAUCCUCGCGAUAAGAUAUUUACAUCUAAACCUAAAUGUCAUCUAUCGGGAUCUAAAACCGGAGAAUUGUAUGUUGAAUCAAUUCGGAUAUCUCGUGCUCACCGAUUUCGGACUCUCAAAAGUCGCUCUCGAAGAUCAAAAGCGUCAUUCCAUAACCGGCACCGCCCAAUACAUGGCCCCCGAGGUCUUGGCUGGGGAAGAAUAUGACUAUGCGGUAGAUUGGUGGUCCCUUGGGUGUGUGGCGUUUGAUUUAUUAACCGGAUCAGCCCCCUAUACGGGUUCAAACCCCAAGAAAAUCCUCGAAAAGAUUAACAAGAAGGGCACGUUGAAAUUUCCAUUUUAUUUAAGUAGUGAUGCCAAAGAUUUCUUAAAGAAAUUAUUAACGGUUGAUCCCGAUAAGAGAUUGAAUAUUGAUGAAGAAUUUGAAACCAAAGUGAAGAAACAUGCAUUUUUUAAAAAUAUUGAUUGGAAACAAUUGGAAAAUGCCGAAGAGAAUGAGGUUAUGCCUCCGAUAUUGCCGAUAAUUACUGAUCCUGUAUUGGCGGAGAAUUUUGAUAGUGAGUUUACGGAAUUGGCAUUUACUCCUCAGUUGAAUAAUAAUUUGGGGAAGGAUAUUUUGAAUAUUAAGGGGUUCACUUAUACGAAUCCGAAGUUUCUUGAUACAUUCUCAUAG